GUGCAGGUGGGGAUGUCAUAUGGAGCUGCAGAGACAGACAGGGACAAUGAGUCUUCGGCUUCAUUUGAUCGCUGAUUUGAGCGUGUAAUUCUGACUGAAAUGGAGGACGCAGAGGUCCGACAACAGAAGCUGGACAAUCAGCGUUCGCUUUUAAUCAAGAAACAACAAAGAAGAAGGGCAGAUGCCCAGAUGAUCACAGCUAAUCAUGACAUCCGUCCCAAGACACGCAAACAGAAAGCUGAGUCUGACGAUACAGCUUUAUUGAUAAGCCAGUCUCAGAGCAACAUUGCCCUCAGUGACAUGCAACCUGAGCAGAUUUAUGAAAACACGGUGGAAGAGAUUUGUUUAGGAGAACUGACCAUUUCAUCCAAGACAGAAGAGGCUUCGGAAGAGGUAGCUGAUUCUGUUCCGGUCAUCACUAAGAAAAUCAAUCUAGAGAUCAGCCCGCAGCACAGCGCUAAAUGCACUUUAGACAAAGAAGGCCAAUCAGAUGGAAAAAAAACUAAUAAGAAAGGUGUGAAAAAGUUACUUGAGGCCAAACCUGCAUUAGAAGGGGAGGAAAAUGAAGAGAAAGAGCAAAAACCAGUGAAGAAGAAGGAUAAGACAAAGGAAUCGAAGGAAAAAGUGAGGACAGAAGAACAGUCUUCAUCUCAGACUGAUUCAGUUGUGGAAAUCAACAUUAAUGAAGAGAAAAAACCUGAAUCAGAGAGUGAGGAUGAAAGAAAAGACUGGACAAAGAGCCCCAUCCCUCCAACACCAAAGAAAAAACAACAACUAAAACCAAUGAGAUGUCAUCUCAGUGACAGUGAGGAAGAAAAAGAGGACAAAGAGGAGGAGGACAAGAAGAGGGAAGCUAAAAAAACACCAAAAAAGUCUAAAAAAGGAGCAAAAAAUAAUGACAAUAUUGCUUCUUUAAACUCCAACUAUAAAGAGCCUACCUCCGACAGUGAUUCUUUGGACAUGGGAAAAUCCUCUCCGAUGUCUUUGGAGGAUCUGGAACAGUUUGCCAUGCGUCCUGCUCCAAGAGAUGUGACUAUUCAGUGCAGGAUCACCAGAGACAGGAGGGGAGUGGAGAAAGGCAUCUUUCCCACAUAUUACCUCCACAUGGAAAAGGAGGAUGGGAAAAGGGUCUUUCUGAUGGCUGGAAGAAAAAGAAAGAAGUGCAAAACUUCGAAUUAUUUGAUAUCAAUCGAUCCUACCGAUUUAUCCAGAGAUACUGACAGCUACAUAGGCAAACUAAGAUCAAAUGUCUUGGGGACUAAAUUCACUGUGUAUGAUAAUGGCGAGAAUCCAGAAAGGAAUCCAUUCAUUAAAGAAACGGAUACACUGCGACAAGAGCUAGCAGCAAUAUGUUAUGAGAAAAAUGUUUUGGGUUUCAAAGGACCUAGAAAAAUGACAGUAAUUAUUCCUGGUAUGCAUGAGAAUGAUGAGAGAGUUGUUAUUCGGCCAAAAAGUGAGCUGGAGUCUCUGCUCACCCGAUAUGAGAAUGGUAACAAAGAGAAUCUUGUCACCCUUGUAAAUAAAUCACCCAGCUGGAAUGAGCAAACGCAGUCGUAUGUGCUCAAUUUCCAUGGCCGAGUUACUCAGGCAUCUGUGAAAAACUUUCAAAUUGUCCAUCCAGAUAAUGUGGACUACAUUGUGAUGCAGUUUGGGCGGGUAGCAGAAGAUGUGUUUUCCAUGGACUACAGCUUUCCCAUGUGUGCUCUACAGGCAUUUGCCAUCACUCUGUCUUCCUUUGACGGCAAACUGGCCUGUGAAUGAGCUUCAUUCAUCUGUAUUUUCUGUUCUUUGAAAAAGGGAAACUUUGCAUUAAUUUAAGAUUUGAAAUGUUCUUGCAGUCAUAAAUUAAUGAACUUUAGAUUUGAACUGUUAUCCACAAAUGGAUAAUUUAUCUGUUUUACUAAUUAUGAAUCUACAAUUAGACAUACAAUGUAUGAAUUUCUUACAUAUUUUUUCUCUUUUUAAUUGCUAAAUAUAAUUGUCUGUUUUCCAAGACUG